UUCUCUGUGGCAGCGUGCGUAAUUUUCCGCCCUGUUUUGGCGGGGGACUUCAGGCGGCAACUUGAAAGGAUGCGGGUGCUAGCGACAUGGAGCCAGGAGGCGGCGAGGCCGUGGCCGUGGCGGCCGUGGUGACGGAGCCUCGGUUCACCCAGCCGUGCAGGGAGUAUCUGGAGAAGCACAAGCUCCUGGCCCGCCAGUACCGCGCCCAGAAGCUGCCCGACGGCUCGGUGGCGCUGCCGGUGCUCGGGGACGCGCUCCCGGAGCGGCACCUGCGCGAGCUGAGCCGCCGCGUGGCCCCGGGCGGCGCCUGCGCGCUCACGCGGCUCCGCGACCCGCUCCCUUCCAGAAAGGCCCGGGUCUGUUCCCCUGCCGGGACGCUGCGUGGCCGGGUGAGGCGGUGGGCGGAGGGCCGGGGCGUGGCGUGGUCGGCUCAGCUGGAGGCCGACCUGCCCCGGUCUUGGCAGCGGCACGGCGACCUCUUGUUGCUGAGCGAAGACUGUUUCCGAGCCCCGCAGUGGAAAAGUCUGGAGCCGGAACUCUGGGACACCGUUGCCUCGGCCCUCGGCGUCCGGCGUUUGGCGAAACGCGGGCGGGUGCUGCCCGACGGCCCUCGGUCUCCGUCGGUGACUUUGCUGCUGGGCGACCAUGGCUGGGUAGAGCAUGUGGACAAUGGUAUCCGGUAUAAGUUCGACGUGACCCGGUGUAUGUUCUCUUUCGGAAACAUCACCGAGAAGCUGCGGGUAGCGUCUCUGUCUUGUGCCGGAGAAGUGCUGGUGGAUCUCUACGCAGGAAUUGGUUAUUUUACAUUGCCCUUCCUCGUUCAUGCUGGCGCUGCCUUUGUCCAUGCCUGUGAGUGGAACCCCGAAGCUGUAGCUGCUCUCAGGACUAACCUGGAAAUCAACGGAGUAGCGGAUCGGUGCCAAAUACACUUUGGGGACAACAGGCAGCUGAAGCUGUCAAACAUUGCACAUAGGGUGAACCUGGGGCUGAUUCCCAGCUCGGAAGAAGGCUGGCCCGUUGCCUGCCAAGUGCUGCAGCAGGAUGUCGGGGGCAUUUUACAUAUCCACCAAAAUGUGGAGUCUUUCUCUAGGAAGAAACUUCAGGCGUCGGAAAGCAGCAACUUGGAAAGAGAGCAUUGGUGCAACGAUGGGGAAAAUGGAACUACCAGGGACGGUGAGGGGAAAGUGCCAUCGUCAGCCACCAAAUUGGAGUGGCACCGGUGGGCAGAAUCUGCUGGAGCUCGAAUUGCCAGUCUUCUUCACCAACUGCAUGGGAAACAGUGGAAGACACAAAUCCUGCACAUCCACGCCGUGAAGUCUUAUGCCCCGCAUGUGGAUCACAUAGUCCUGGACCUGGAAUGCCGCCCCUGUCCUCUAGAUGGCUAGAGGAGGUGGAUCCAGUCCACAGUAGCUCCUUGUGAGGGGCCCAUAACCCUUCAGCUCCACCCGGGUUCUCAUCUCUCGCUCCUAGUGAUCUUUUUAAAUGAUUUGGGGCUCUUCAUUGAUCCAUUUCAUUUUUCUUCUGUUGAUCACACUAAUAACAUGUUAAGGGGCUGGAGAGAUUGGUCAAACAAAGGUUAAGGCCCUUGCCUGCAAAGCCUAAUGACCCAGGUUCUG